AUGGUGUGUCAACGUUGUCAAAAAUCUCUGCGUGGUAAUGAAGGUGUUAAAUGUGCAGAAUGCGAGUCUCGAUACCAUGUUCGAUGCCUCGACGAAAGAAAUAGCUUGGAAAUGGAGAGUGGAGAUAGACGAUAUCAUUGGAUAUGUGCAACGUGUCAAACCCCCGCCAGCAAAACUAAUCUUCAAUUUGAGGAACCUCAAAUAAAUCAACGAGCAUUAAUAAAUGCCAUAAAUGCUUUAACAGAAAAGUUUGAAUUAAUGAAUAAAAUUCAAAUACCAAAAUUGAGUAAUGACUUACUACAAAUAAGAUGUGUUACAGAUAGAAUAAUUAAACAAAAUGAGAGUUUAAUAUUAAAAGUAGAAGAAUUAAAGAGGUGUCGUUGUGAACAGAGAAGUCAAAUGAAUAAUUAUCGACGUAGAAAUUUGAAUCUUUCUCCGAGGCGCACAUUGAGCGAGGAACAAAUUCCCAUUUUGGGCGGUGAAAAAAUCCCUAGAUACAGAACACGCAGGCGGUCGUAUCCGUUGUUAAAAAUGUUAUUGCAGUUUAACAGAAAACUUAGUAAAUACCGAACGCCCAGGAAGAGAUAA